GCCGGGUCACGUCUACUGUAAGUUAAGAGCUUGCAGUCAACCAUCACAACACUACCAAUACAUUCCAGACGUGCACUGUAUCAUCCCCAACCUUGUCUGGCACACUGUCUGUGAAAAUGCGCAGCCGAAGCACCAGAAAAUUCGAGUUCUCGCCAUAGCUGCGCGGUAGCAAUGGCAUACAUUGCACAGUCGAGUCCCAUUGGCCAGUUACAGAUUCACGACAGGUUCCAAUGAAGCGGUGUGUGGUCCGUUGCGAGCAGGCUUUCCGGAUGUGGUCGAUGAGGCGUCCGGUAACUUACGUGCCAAGCAGACCCAGUGGUACAUACCGGCGUGACGGUCUCGUAUCCUACGCGUCGGAGCCUAUGCCAGAAAUGUGCCACGGUGCAACUAACCUCUCGCUUGAGCUCACAACCUGCAAAGCAAGGGUACACAACGGCAACGUCAUUCUCCGAGUCCCGCAUCCGCCUGCCGCGUCUAGCAUGUUUCUGACCAGUGACGCCUCCAGCGACCCGGCGCAAAUGAACGAAUCCUGCAUUCCCCGAUCGCAGCUUGGAGCAAUCUGCCGAUAUCUUGGACUUAUCCUGAGUGCCGUGAAUCCGAGGUUAGCUCCAUACCUAGGGACUGGCCCUACCAAGCUCGAAAUCGCACUGUCCUACGCGCCGCCAUCCCUUGUUCAUCCACAUCCAGGAUACGCGCUACACGGGACACAGCGACCUAGUGAUGCUGCUUACGACACUCUACACGUUCCAGUCUAUAUCGCCAAUAUCACAACUCGUGUUUCCGGGCCCGCUAUUGCUGAGUCGUUCAUCACGGUGGACCUACAAGCGUCCUCGUCUCGCCUCGUGUUGUGCGGCUGUCAUAUCCGCCUCGCCUCCGAUAGGGUUGUUGAUGCGAUACGGAGAACAGCGAUGACAGCUGACGAAUAUGCCGGUGGACGUUCGGAGACACUGCGGCGUAGCCAUCGAACGAGCCACGCAGAUCACCCUUGGACCACCUUGGCGCGUAGCUCUAUGCAAACCUGGCCAGCGAGGAUCGCUUCGACGCUCCUAGGCAUUGGCGUUUCGUGCGAGCGUGAACUCUUGAGUCAAUGUCGCGAUGCGCACGACCACACACUGACAGUUCUGGACACAUUCGAAGCAGGGAUAGACAGGGAACGGUGGUACGGUGUGCAGUCUUUUCUGGGUGAGUCCGUACGUCAGGUUGCUGCCUUGCUGCAAUCGGCGUCGGCCUCCGUACGACGGAAUGCUACGCAAUCACUCGCGCUCAAGCCCAAGGCUCUCACCUUGAGGAUCCCUAUUCCAGUUGCAUUGUCCGAGUUUGCGAGUGACUCCGUCCGUGGGCUGCCUCCCACAGGGACUGCUCCUCACCGGCGCAAUGCGUCACUUACUCACGGUUUGAGGCACGGUAGAGGCUCGUGCCUCCGUAUGGCAACCACCCCCGGGCCUACCUUCUCGAGGGUCUCGCAAUGCCGAUAUGGAAAGCGGUCUUCUGCCUGUUACCCUUCACAGUCUCUCGGACUUGCCCCCGCGUUCGGAUACGCUCUAUUUGCAACGCAGCUAGAACGCGUGCCAUCAGACUGUGUGCUCGCAGUGCCUUUCAGGCAGGCUCAAAGGCCGGCGCUGAUAUGGCCAUACGCCGCCGCUUCGCGGAAUGACCAGACCUGCCCUUCCGGGCAUCGAAGCUUACUCACGGGCACCGUGCCUGCCAUGCUCGAAGUUCGCAGCACGCAUGAACGCAGACAGAGCAGUGCACACCCCGUCCGAAGGUGUCCACUGUCUAUCCUCGCGCCGCAGGCCGCCAAAAACGACCGAAACGGGCAAGACAGCCGGGUGUGGAAGCGCCAAGGCGCGUUUACAUCACCGGCGAUCAAAUGUUGCUUCGCGAGCUCGCCCAGGCCGCGCGCGUGCCCUCAGAUUUACUGGGUACCCACGCACGGACCAGGAAAUUUACUGGAUUUACUCGGGCCGAGUAAAAUAAACGCCCGUGUAAUCGGGAUUAGUCACAACUUGCAAUGCCUGUAUGCGGUCGUUUCUAAUAGUUCUACUGAUCACUCGUGGGCCUGGAGUGCCUCAGGACAACCCACGUCCAUCAGCCACAUCAGUCCCAGGAACGCGCUAGGCCCAUCAGCCGGCGCCUGCAAUGUUCCUUGCACUCACGGCGCCGCAGGCGCGCUCUGCGCGAUGUGUAUCCCGCACCCCGACACAUCACACCCUCGCCCUUCCCGAUUAGGCAAUAGCCACUCGCCACGACGACACUUCAGCCACCCACCCCGCCAAGCCCCGCCACCAUUAGCGAUGGAUGGUAUUUCUGUAACUCACGGCGCCGCAGGCACGCUCUGGCACGCACCGCGAUGUGCAACGUCGCGCCCAGCGCUGUAUCGCGCCCGCGCAUACCCCAAACAGGCAACCGCGACGCAUUAA